UCGGAAACAAUCCAGAAAACUCCGAAGCGGAGCUGAGGCGGACAUGGCGUCUCCCGCGCGGGGCAGCCACGUGUGGGUGGGCUCCGAGACGGGCAUUUUGAAAGGGGUCAACCUGCAGAAGAAACAGGCCACAAACUAUAGGAUGGGGGAAGCAACUCUCAGUCGACAAGAAGCUGUCACUGCCAUGUGUUGGGGAGAUUCGUACGAAUCAGAGAUCUUUGUGGGAUGCCUCGACGGGUCUGUUAGGUUAUUCAGUACCGAAAAGGGCAAGUUUAUUGAAUCUCGAAACUGCCAAGGAGGUGAAGGACCUUUUUGUGGCUUAGCUAUCUUGGAGGGUUCCCUUAUCACCUGUGUGGAGUCUGGGUUGAUGAAAAUCUGGCGGGAUUCCUCCUCAGAGAAUGUGGAGAUUCAGGUGGGGCCCAGCGUGUGCCGCAUGAGGCAAAGCUCCGAACAGCCCCACCGUAUCGCCACGGGGGGGAAAGAGAAUUGCCUGAAAAUAUGGGACCUGCACCAGCCUCAGGAACCGAUUUUCCGAGCCAAAAACGUGCGACAUGAUUGGCUUGACCUGAGGGUACCUAUCUGGGACCAAGACAUGGAAUUCUUGCCUGGAUCUGAGAAGAUUGUGACCUGCACCGGACAUCACCAGGUCCGGCUUUACGAUCCCAGCUGCCCCCAGCGCCGUCCCGUUUUGGAGGUGACCUUUGGCGAGUACCCACUUACAUCCCUCUCGCUCACCUCCGAUGCAAACGCUGUUGUCGUUGGCAGUUCCCACGGAGACGUUGCGGUUAUAGAUCUACGGCAAGGGCGUUUGGUGAAGUGCCUCAAGGGUUUCGCUGGGAGCGUCCGUGCCAUCCGCUGUCACCCUUCGCUGCCGGUGGUCGCCUCGUGUGGAUUGGACCGUUUCCUUCGGCUGCACAACCUGCACAGCCAGUGUUUGGAACAUAAGGUUUAUCUCAAAUCCCGAUUGAACUGCCUCUUGCUGACCACCCGGGAAAAAUGGGAGAGCGAGGACCUUGAGCCGUCCGUGAACCUCCCGGACGAGGUGAAAGAGGAAGAGGACGAAUUAUGGAACUCCCUGGAAGUGGUGGCUUCCAAGCGGAAAGCCGAUGAAGGCGCCAGGACGGAGAGUCCCAAACCUUCCAAGGACACGGCCGCCAAAAAGCAGAAGAAAAUGAAAAAGGCCAAAUUAUGUUCGCGGUGAGAGGGAAAAAGAAGAAAAAAAACAGGACACGGAAAAAAUUGGAUGGACAGCAAAAAGGGGUGGAGGCGGAGAAGCCAGGCUUAAUCUCAAAAUCAGAAAGUGCCAAGGUUACCGUGAUUUGGCAGCGUUGGUCCCUCUUUAGUAGCCCCCAUGAAACCUAUAAUAAGCGCCUGGAAGGAGAAGCAGCUGGACCCAGUGGAAGCCUUGCUCAAGCCUCCCAGAUCAGCAACCUCAGUGCCGAGGAUGUGGUGCCACCACUGGACAGGACAGUUAGCUAGUGUUACGGCAACUCGUUUCCAACACAUCGGAAGUUGUACAGCUAUGGGGAAUAAACAUUCAUUAUCACAUA